GAAGUUACUGAACAUUAACUCAUACACUUUCGGCAAGACAGCAUUUCUCACUUUCUUUUUUGUGAUUAAUUAAGAACCCGAAAAUCAGCAUCAUUCAGAAAUAUUUUCACUAAUUCAUCAGGUACCCACUAAGAUAUUUCUCACUUUCUUUUUUGUGAUUAAUUAAGACAUGAUUACGUGAACUAAUUAGAACCACAAGAUGGAAGAUAUUUGAAUGGAGGAGAAAAAUUAACCAAAGAUAACACGCAGGGCUCUAUAUGAAGCACUGAAUCAUCUUUUUUCAACUUCACCAUCAACUUUCCCCACCUUAUUUUGCUAGUGCUUGUUAUAUCUCCAUCUGUUUGGUGCCCCAACAACAAAGACAGCUUAAAAAGAUGGGAUUUCUCAAUCAAAUAGCUCAAGUUGUUUAAAGUUGAGGUUACCCUUCUAACUAUUAGUAGGGAAGUUGAGAUUGAAUCCAUGAACUCAACACGGUAAACUAGCUGCUGUGCUGAAUGCAAAGCUUUGUGUAACCAAGUCAUGACUCUGGUUUCUUGGGCUAAGAAGGGGCUCAACCGAAUUGGUAUCCGCCAAUCCAGUAAGCUUCUACUCCCUCAGACCAGCCUAGCUUCCAUUGAAUCCUUAGAGACCCCUCUGCAGGUCCAGGAGAUAGUCUUAGCAGCUGAUUUACAUUGUCCCAAUUGCCAAAAGAGGGUAGCCAAUGUAAUCUCAAACAUUGAUGAUAUGGAAUCCUUGGUGGUCCAUGUACAAGAGAAGAAGGUGUCACUGAUUCGUCGCGCAUCUGUCAGCUGUGAAGGAAAAGCUGCCAGGAAGUUCUACUGCAUGAUCAUGAGGAUCAACAUUGACUGCAAUGGCUGUUACAGAAAAGUGAGGAGAGCCCUUCUGAAUAUACAGGAGUUGGAGACACAUCUGAUAGAGAUGAAGCAGUGCAGAGUGAGCGUGUGUGGUAGAUUCAUCCCACAGGACUUGGCAAUCAAGCUGAGGAAGAAGACGAACCGCAGGGUAGAGAUAUUGGACAUACAGGAAUUCAGUGUCAGCAGCGAAAAUCAAGAGCAGAAACCCUUGAUUAGUAGUACCAGCUGGAAUCUGCUGUCCAACCCAAGCCAGUUUGAAACCUGUACAACAUGCAUAUAAGCCAUGACAAAGACAAAAAACAUAGAAAGAUUUCAUUUCAUUUCCAUUUCCAUUUCAUUUCAUUUCUAAGUGAGCUAUUGACACUAUGCUCGAUAUACAUGUUCAUGUAAAAGUAAACCCGUGUUUAUUAUACAUUUAGGUUAUGUUUGGUUCCGGAAAAAUGCUAAGCAUCUUGAUGAAAGUUUUACAA